AUGACACGAACCCUUCUUACCGGGGGAAGCGGCUUCAUUGCCUCUCAUAUUCUCGAUGCGUUGCUCAAACGCGGCCAUUCCGUUGUGACUACCGUCCGCUCACAGGAAAAGGCAGACCAGAUCAAGGCAUCGUACCCGGCUGUCUCGCAGGAGAAUCUGGAUUUUGCAAUUGUGCCUGACGUUUCCGAGCCUGAUGCCUUCGAUCAGGCGGUUGUUUCUGACCCACCAUUUGAGGCGGUGAUCCAUACAGCCAGCCCAUUCCAUUUCCGGAUUCAGGACAUCAAGAAAGAUCUCAUUGAUCCAGCUAUCAACGGCACCGUUGGUAUCCUCAACGCUAUCAAAAAGAACGCCCCGUCAGUCAAGCGAGUGGUGGUUACAUCUUCCGGCGCCGCAGUCAUGGACUUUUCCCAGCCUCCGACACAUACUUAUACAGAGGCGGAUUGGAACAACAUGACCUGGGAGGAGGGUACUUCCACCCCCCUCAAUGGUUACCGCGCAAGUAAAUCUUUCUCUGAGAAAGCUGCAUGGGACUUUGUGGAAAAGGAGAAGCCCAACUUUUCCCUCACAAGUAUAAACCCACCCAUGGUAUACGGUCCUAUAAUUCAUCGCAUCAAGGAUCUCGAUGCGCUGAACACUUCCAACGAGCGCAUUCGGGACAUAGCCUUUGGUAAGACAAAGGAUGGCUUGCCAUACACUGGGAUUUUCAUGUGGGUGGAUGUCCGUGACCUGGCAGUGGCACACGUUCUAGCAAUCGAGAAACCUGAAGCAGCUGGCCAGCGGUUCUUGGUUUCUCCAGGCCAGUAUUCCAACAAGGAGAUUGCCGAAUGUAUCCGGGAGGCAUUCCCUGAACUCCGAGACGGUUUGCCGACGGGAGACGCAUUGAAGGGGGGUGAUUUCCCUCCUACAGGAUGGUAUGGGUGGGAUAAUACCAAGUCUAAGGAGGUCUUAGGCGUCACCUAUCGGCCGUUGAAGGAGUGUAUUGUCGACGCGGUUAACAGUCUUAAGCCGUUUGUCAAAUAA